AUGCCCGGCGAAGUGAUUGACAGGGCGAAUCCACCGGCGUUGGACUCUCACAUUCCAGAUUCAGUGCUUGACUUAGCUGUCCAGCUUGAGAAGGCGGACCUUAGCGAUGGGGAUCUUAAAAGCCUUGAGGAUUUUCGAAGGGCUAGCAAUUAUAUUGCAGCUGCGAUGAUAUUUUUGUGCAACAACACACAAGUUGAGAGGGACCUUACAUUUGACGACAUUAAACCUAGGUUGCUCGGUCACUGGGGAACAUGUCCAGGGCUUACUCUGAUCUACGCACAUCUCAACUAUCUCUCCCGCAAGAACGAUCUCGACCUCAUAUUUGUUGUUGGGCCCGGUCAUGGUGCACCAUCAAUUUUAGCCUCCCUCUGGCUGGAAGGAAGCUUGGAACGAUUCUACCCACAAUAUUCUCAAACCAGACAAGGUCUCCAUAACCUGAUUGCUACAUUUAGCACACCAAGCGGUUUCCCAAGUCAUAUCAAUGCCGAGACGCCUGGUGCAAUCCACGAAGGUGGUGAGCUCGGAUAUGCACUUGCAGUUGCUUACGGCGCUGUUAUGGAUAAGCCGGAUUCAAUUGUUGCUUGUGUUAUUGGUGACGGGGAAGCAGAAAGUGGCCCAACUGCCACGUCCUGGCAUGCUGCCAAGUAUAUCGACCCAGCUGAAUCGGGAGCUGUUCUCCCUAUUCUCCACCUAAACGGUUUCAAGAUCUCAGAGCGGACAAUUUUUGGGUGUAUGGAUAAGAAGGAGAUUACCGCACUGUUUACUGGCUAUGGAUACCAGCCCCGUUUUGUUGAGGAUCUUGGAGAUAUUGAUCGAGAUCUUGCAGCAAGCAUGCAGUGGGCUCUAGAUGAGAUCCAUAAGAUCCAAAAGGCGGCAAGGUCUGGCAAACCCAUUCUAAAGCCUCAGUGGCCGGUAUUGAUCUUGUGUACUCCAAAAGGGUGGAGCGGGCCAAAAAAGGUCGACGGCGAGUUCGUAGAGGGCUCCUUCCAUGCCCAUCAAGUUCCACUAUCGGCGGCCAAAAAGGACCAACACCAGCUCGAACAACUGCAGAAGUGGCUGCACUCGUAUGGGCCAGCCGAUCUCUUCACCGAUAGCGGCGCUCCAAUUGAAUCGAUCAAAAAGAUUAUACCAAUUGACAACGAGAAGAGACUUGGCCAGAGAGUAGAGACGUACAAGCACCAUGAAAAGCUGCGCGUCCCCGAUUGGCAGAACUUUGGCGUGGAGAAAGGAGGUCAGGAAUCAUGCAUGAAGGCCAUUGGCAACUUCAUGGACCAAGUAAUUGUCGAGAACCCGAAGUCUUUUCGGAUUUUCUCCCCUGAUGAACUUGUUAGCAACAAGCUAGAUGGAAUAUUCAAGCAUACCGGCCGUAAUUUCCAAUGGGAUCAGUUCUCAAACGGCCGAGGUGGCCGGGUUAUCGAAAUUCUCAGUGAACAUGUAUGCCAGGGUUUUCUACAAGGCUAUACACUUACCGGCCGUACGGGCGUCUUCCCUAGCUAUGAGAGUUUCUUGGGCAUCAUCCAUACCAUGAUGGUGCAGUAUAGCAAGUUCACUAAGAUGGCAUUUGAGACCACGUGGAGGGGUGAUAUCUCGAGUCUCAAUUAUAUUGAGACGAGCACUUGGACGAGGCAAGAGCAUAAUGGCUUCUCGCAUCAGAACCCGUCAUUCAUCGGUGCCGUCCUCAAUUUGAAGCCUAGCGCGGCGAGAGUUUAUCUCCCCCCUGAUGCUAACACCUUCCUCUCCACCAUCGCCCACUGCCUCCGGUCCAAGAAUUACAUUAACCUUAUGGUCGGCUCCAAACAGCCACAACCCGUCUUCCUCUCCAUCGAAGAGGCGGACAGACACUGUCAAGCGGGCGCCUCAGUCUGGAAAUUCGCCUCGAUCGACAACGGGCUUGACCCAGACGUCGUACUCGUCGGCAUUGGCUCAGAACUAACGUUUGAAGUCGUGGUGGCGGCGUCGGUCCUCCGGCGUAUAUGCCCCUCGAUGCGUGUCCGAGUCAUCAACGUGACGGACCUAAUGAUCCUCGAGGCUGAAUCAUUGCAUCCACACGCCCUCGCCCACCAGGAUUUCAACGCAUUGUUCACGGCCGAUAAGCCGAUCCACUUCAACUACCACGGCUACGCGAACGAGCUUCGCGGCCUGCUCUUCGGACAUCCGAAUAUGGAAAGGGUUGGUAUCUCCUCCUAUAAGGAAGAGGGCAGCACGACGACGCCAUUUGAUAUGAUGUUGCGGAAUGGUGUUAGUCGAUUCCAUGUGAUGGAGGCGGCGAUUAGGGGCGCAGCGAAGUCCAAUCCGGAGGUCGCACUUGACAUGACGAAUACGCUUGGGUGGAUUAGACAUCAGAUUAGUAAGAUUGGGGAGUACAUCCUAGAGACUGGGAAGGAUCCAGCUGGCACUUAUGAUAUCCCGAAGUUUGAGGGGACGGCUUUUGAGAAGGGGUCUGUGUGGAGGGGGAACGAGAGGGAACACUCGAAGGAAGAUGGGUUUUUUGUUAACUGA